CUGAUAAAGAUUAGUGACUAACAGACAUUCAAGCGAACAAGACGUGUGUAUUAUUAAGUUAAAUUUAUAGAUUUUAGACAAGUUCUUGUUUGGACCAUGGAACAUCCAGCUUUUGCUGACGCUGGUGGCAAUCCUGGGAUAGAAAUAUGGACGAUAGAUAAAUUCGAACCCGUACCAGUGUCAUCAAAACUAUAUGGAAAAUUUUUCAACGGUGACUCCUAUAUUGUCUUAAAGACCACAGGCAAAGAUGGCUCAAGUCUUAACCAUGACGCCCACUUCUGGUUGGGCAGUAAGACCACUCAGGACAAGAAGGGUUCAGCCGCCAUUUUAACUGUCACCCUGGAUGACAUGCUAGGCGGGAAGGCGGUCCAUCAUAGAGAAGUCCAGGGUCACGAGUCUAGCUUGUUCCUGGGAUACUUUAAACCUGCCAUAAGAUACUUGGAAGGUGGUAAUGAAUCCGGUUUCACUGAAGUGGAAACUAACGCCGGUGCAGAGAAACGACUCCUAAAACUGUCUGGGUGUGACAACAUGAGGAUUGAAGAGGUGGAAGCCGACGCGUCGUCUCUCACGAAAGACCACUGCUUCAUUUUGGAGGUCGAACACGAUAUCUUCGUGCUUAUGCCUGAAGGAGCCAAGGCGACCCAGCGGAGGAAGAUCAUCAGCGUCGCCAACUCCCUGCGUGAUGACUAUCAUAAUGGAAGAGCCACUAUUGAAAUUAUUGAUGAGUUCUCCACGAGUGAAGACUACGGUCUCUUCUUUGAAGCUCUCGGCUCCGGGUCCGUGGAUGAUCUGACCAGCGAGGAUUCUUCCUCCACUUACGCUCGCGAUGACAUCUCGGCGGUAUACUUAUACAGGGUGUUGACUGGUGAUGAGAUUGAAUUGGUCUCUCUGAACAAACCUUACAAACAGAGUCAGCUGUCUUCUGACAAUGUCUACGUGUUGGAUACUCCUUGCUCUGGAGUGUACGUAUGGGUGGGGUCUGAGGUGGAUGGUGAGAUUAGGAACACCUACCAUGAGAUAGCCAACCAAUACCUUGAAGUCAAGGGCUAUCCUGCCUGGGUAAAUGUAACGAAGGUCCGUGAAGGUGCGGAGAGCUCAACCUUCAAGCAAUACUUCCACAACUGGGAGACCAUACAGAUGUUCUCCACCAAGGGAUUGGUCACUGAAUCUGAUGCUGGCUACUUUUCCGAGGAUGCUGAGAAAUCAGCGUCGACUGCCAAGCAGAUCGGUAAGAGUGCAGCUGCUAGAGGAUACAUGCCAGACCAGGGAGAUGGGAGUUACACCGUUACCAGGAUAACAGGAGAACAACAGGACAUUACCGAGACCUUCGAGUCUGGCGUAGCCCGCUUCUACCAAAGCGAGGUCUACGUCAUCAAAUACCAGUACAGCAUUGAUGAUGCUGAUGCCUACGUCAUCUAUCUGUGGAUUGGCACAGACGCCAGCAAUGAUGAUAAGCAAGCUGGCUUGGAGCUGGUGAACCAGUUGGAGGACGAACUGGAAGGCGGAGUGACUUUAGUAAAGGUUCCGCAAGGAAAGGAACCCAAACACUUCCUUAGUAUUUUCAAAGGUCAACUAUCAAUUUUGUUCGGUGGUUCCGAUACAGACUACAAACCGGUCAACUCUAGAGGCACCUACGAGGAGGAUAGUGUGCGUCUGUUCAGAGUUGAAGGCACGGAGCUUGGAGUGGACAUGCGAGGACAGCAGGUCACGGAAACAGCUGACAGCUUGGAAGAUGAUGACGUAUACGUGCUGGAGAGCCCCGAGACCAUCUACAUCUGGAUAGGAAAGGAGUCAAAUGAGACAGAGCAGGAGGCUGUGAACAACUUCGUCCAGGCCCUGGUUGACAAGGAGAUCACCACUGUGCAACAGGGAGAGGAACCCGACGAAUUCUGGGAACUUCUAGGAGGAGCCCCAGAAGAGAAAGAGGAUCCAUCAGGCUGGCGUCUAGCAGUGAACAGGAGGGUCACCACUCCGCGCACCCUCACAGCUGCCACCGUCACCGUCACCAAGAAGAUCAAGUUUGAGGACUUCGAUGAUGAGUACUCUCAACAGGAUCUUUCUGACGACGGAGUCUACAUACUGGACACAGGAGAAGAACUGUACUUGUGGCAAGGAAACAACAUUCCCGAACGAGUGAAGAUGGCCAGGCUGGAUAUCAUUAAAGAAUAUAUAGAGGAUGAUGGUUUGGAGCGCACUGUGGACUCAGCUCUCGUGAUCUUCGUGAAGCAAGGACAAGAGCCGAGCGUAUUCAAGAAGUUAUUCUCUGAGUGGGAUAAUGAUAUGUGGGAUAACCAAGCAUCAUAUGAAGACAUUAAAAACGAAACGAAAGCUGCAAACUCUAAAGGCGAUGAAUAAAAACACAUAUUUUUAUAUAUUUAUGCACAUUUAUUUAUAUAAUAAGUAUAACUUAUAACUACUACACUUUGGAAAAAUAAAUCUAUUUAUUUAUCAUU